GAUUGACAGUUUAGUUUGUAGCUGCAAAAUGUGCUGUCGCUGCUGUGGGGUGACCCAACAAAAGGUUUGGGUUUUUGGCUUGGGCACUCUACUCACUCUACUGGGACUGUUGGCUACAAUAUGGUGGCCCGCUUUAAUAGACUCUAUGGUAUGGAAGGCGCUGCCGCUGACGCCCACAUCCAAGACUUUUGAGAAAUGGGAAGUGCUGCCCAUACCCGUUUACUUGAACAUGUAUUUAUGGAAUUGGACAAAUGCUGCGGAAGUUGCGCUCAAAGGUGUUAAGCCCAAUUUCCAGCAACUGGGUCCUUAUGUUUAUCGCGAGGAGCGCGUUAAAAAGGAUAUUGUAUGGCAUGAGAAUAAAACGGUUACCUUUAAGCCCACGCGCACUUGGCAUUGGGAGGAGGCCAUGUCUGGAGGCAAGCAGUCCGAUUUGGUUACAGUGCCGCAUUUGCCGUCUAUAGCUGCGGCAGAAACGAUGCGUAAUAAGCCAAAAUUUAUUAAGUCAAUGUUUAAUAAGGGAUUGAAUGAGAAUGGCGGCGCACUCUAUGUAACCCACACGGCUGGCGAGUGGUUGUUCGAAGGUUUCACCGAUGAGUUUCUGCAUUAUGCGAUGGAGUUGAAGAAUCCGCUGGCGCCGCCUGUGGAAACGGAUCAGUUUGCUUGGUUUCUCAAUCGCAAUGGCUCGAAGGAGGCCGAAGGCGCAUUUACGGUGCACACAGGUGUUGGGGAUAUAAAGCAACUGGGUGAUAUACAAUUUUGGAACGGGCUGAAUCACACAGGCUGGUAUGAGGGCGAGUGUGGACGACUUAAUGGCAGCACCACCGAUAUUUUUGUACCCAACGAACCGCUGGAAAAGUCGCUAACGAUAUUCAUUGCCGACACCUGUCGCAUUAUCAAUUUGGAGUACACUGGCAUCGCGAUGGAAAUUGAAGGCAUCAAAGGAUGGAAAUACGAGGCAACCCGCAACACCUUUGACAAUGGCCAGCUGAAUGCGAAUAUGCGUUGCUAUUGUCCUGUGGACAGACAGCCCAAUAAUUGUCCUGCCACAGGCGCCACCGAUUUGGGACCCUGCGCCGAAGGUGCCCCCAUGUAUCUAUCGGCUGCGCAUUUUAUGAAUGCCGAUGCCAGCUAUGCGCAGACAAUCACUGGCUUUGAGCCCAACUACGAACGUGAUAAUUUCUUCAUUAUAAUGGAACGCAAAAUGGGCGUGCCGCUGCAGGUGAAUGCAGCGGUGAUGGUCUCGCUGCUAAUAGAGCCAGAUGCAGAUAUUGACAUUUUAAAGAACGUACCUACAUUUUAUGGACCACUCUUUACUACCGCUAGUCGCGCUGUUAUCGACAAGGCGCUCUCCAAGGAGCUUAGAUUGGUUUUAAAUCUGCCUGACAUUGGACGCUAUACGGGCGUUGGUUUGCUUUGCUUGGGCUGUUUACUUAUUGCCAUUGGCAUUUACCUCACUGUCAAACGCAAGUGGUAUGGUCAGCAGUCGCUUAUCAGGCCAACAACUACAACUAAAGAGGUAGCAACAGCUGAAACAGUAAACGAAACGCUGCCAGCAGAUGAAGCAAAACACUAUUAAGCUAUAAUCUAAAAUAUUUCAGCGCAAUUGUGAUUCUUGUUUAUAAAAAAAAAUGUUUUUUAUCUAU